AUGACCAUGAACGCCUUACUGAAAUCCCUGUUGUUGUGUGCCGUCCUAGGCAUCACAGCGGCCUACUGGCUCGCAGACGAUGUCGAUGAUGUGCCCUUAGGAUACGGAGAUGAAGAUGAAAACAAUGACCUCUUAGCCGUUUUUAAAAGGGCAGCUUACAGCAGAGUCAGCAACCACUGCAUCCCGUGGCGGGCACCAUGUACCCUGGACGAUGCCCUGAUCAGCAAGUAUAGCUUCCUCAGGUGCUGCAACUCUGGAGCUUGCAGAUGUAACCUGUGGGGAAACAACUGCAGAUGUGAGGCCACCCUCGGGAGGUAA